GAAAACGAUCUGCUGUGCGAUUUAUGACAUUAACAAAGCAAAAACACUUAAAAACUUCCAUACAAAUUUGGGAAUCACGAUCCACACGCUCGAAGAUAAAAAAAAUUAACGCGGUAAAACAAAGUAGAUAAAUUCUUACGCUUCCCGUCUUAUACAUAAUCAAUCCACUGAGUUGAGAUGUCUUGAAACUGAUGUAUAUAGACGAAACAACAACCGAUCGGAAUGUCUGAAUCAUCGCGUACGAACCAGUUUUUAACCACCACAUGUAACCAUAGAAACGGACCCCUUCGACGAUCUAAAAAAAGAAACAGAUAAACGUAUGGUUAAAGCUGAACAGCCAUGGGAAGUACGUAGAGGAGAAGAGGAGGUAAAAGGAAAGCCUUCGGAAGAAGAUCAAGAUGGUGGUAAAAGCGAAGCUACGGAGAAGGGUGAACACGAGAACUUAAAAUCUUGCUUGAAUAAGAAAAAAACACAGAUUGAUCAGUUGGAGGGACAACAAAUGCUCGAUACAGAUGAAGCUGUCAACAACAACAAAGCCAGAAAAGUUUCCUUUUCAGAUGAGGUGUCCUAUUGCGAGGAUUUUACUUUGAUAAAAACCAACAAGAGGCAAAAGUUUCACAGUUUCCGCAAAGCUACCAUCAUCAUUGAUAAGAAGAAAACCGUUCUUGUGAAGUCCAUGAGAAAGCUGAUUGAAAAACACAAAACAACAAAGCUGGAGUUACUGGAAGAGAAAGAGGCUGUUGCAGUGAAAAUUGCAGAAGUUGAGUUGCUCAAAUUGGUUCUUAGUGGAAAGGAAGUCGAGCUGCGGGAGAAAGAGAAGGAGAUUUCUUGUAUCAAAGCCGGUGUGAUUGACAUAAAAGUAAGUUUGUAAAAUAUCUGCUAUUCGUAACCUUUUUUUUAAAUUAGCGAAGAUACAAAUGGCGCCGUAAAAAUCAAACGCUUACGAGGAAGCUUGAAAAAGUUUCAACGAUCUUCCCUUAAAGUUUAUUUUCAUUCUAGAUUUUAUUGUUAAUACACUUCUUCUUUAGACAACUGUCGGUAAAUCAAUCAAAAAAUCAGUUACUAAGCUGGAUACAGUAGAAGAAAAAAUCAGAGUUGAUAUUGAAAAAAUUGAGCGAAGGCUUGCACAACGCUGGCGUUUUGUCGGAAAGAAAAAACUUUUAGCAGAAAAACAAAAGCUUGCUGCUAUGCUGGACACAAUCUGUGCAACAUCGCAGACAUUACAGAAAGAAGCUGUCUUUUUGGACACCUUUCGAUUUUAAAAACAUUUCACACACGUUGUAUAUUUUGUAUAUUUGAAAGGGAAGCGGUGGUGGUUGUACAUUUGUUUGUAAUGUUCAGAUGACCACUUCUCUUUUGUCUCAAUGAGAACUUAAAAAGCGGUUUGAUCUGUCGACUAACUGUCUUGGUCCUCACUGGUAGCUCAGUUGGUAGAGCGUGACAUUAAACAGUGUCAAGGUCGUAGGUUCGAUUCCUACCCAGUAAUUUGACCAAGGCACAAAGCUAACGAUCAUUCUGCUGCUUCAGUGCUCAAAGUGAUAAAUGAGAGUGGUUGUUGAAUGUAUUGUAAACUCGUUAUAUGUCUGUUCUGUGUCGUGCAGCUACGCUCUUUCCUUUUAAAAUCUUGUUUUUUUAUUUUGUUAAUAUAUUUUCACAUACACAUGCUGUUUAUUUUGUUGCAGGAAUACCCUGUACGUAGUAGCAAAACGGCUGCACUGCUUUAAAAAAUCCUGAUUACACUAAAGUACCAGAAGCUAAGAAAGUUAAAUCGUCCGAGUUUUACAACCAGGAGCUUAAAAAAAGUUUUCAUUUUGUGUUUCUUACAAUCUCUGGUUAAAUAUACAUCAAGCCGAUAGAAGGCUUGGCCAACUGAAUCCUUUACCAAUGACAGGUGACCUGGUGUAUUACCCAGAAAGUGCGCCAUAAAAAUUAAAUAUACAACCAGACAGAGAGGCAGGCAAAGAAACAAGCAAACAAACAAACAA